CCAGUGAACAACAAGCUGUGAACUGUGGGAGAUGAGUCACUGCAGGGAGUGAACGAGAGGGGAAGGAGCAGAGAUCUGUUUCUGUUCAGAGGAAGUGAAUCUGCAGCUGAAAUGGCGCAGCAAGAAAUUUAACUGGAUAGAGAAAUACUCUCCUGUUCGAUCUGUCUGGAUCUACUGAAGGAUCCGGUGACUACUGUCUGUGGACACAGCUACUGUAAGAGCUGUAUUAACAACCACUGGGACAAAGAGGAGGAAAAAAGACGCUACAGCUGUCAUCAGUGUAGAGAGACCUUCAAACCGAGGCCUGUCCUGGGGAAAAACACCAUGUUAGCUGAUUUAGUGGAGGAGCUGAAGAAGACUGGACUCCAAGCUGCUCCUGCUGAUCACUGCUAUGCUGGACAUGAAGAUGUGGCCUGUGAUGUCUGCACUGGGAGAAAACUGAAAGCUCUCAAGUCCUGUUUGAACUGUUUGGCCUCUUAUUGUGAAAAACACCUCCAGCCUCAUCUUCAGUCAGCUCCAUUGAAGAAGCACAAGCUGGUGGAGCCCUCGGAGAAGCUCAAGGAGAACAUCUGCUCUCGUCACGACGAGGUGAUGAAGAUAUUCUGCCGCACUGAUCAGCAGUGUAUCUGUUAUCUCUGCUCUGUGGAUGAACAUAAAGACCACGACACAGUGUCAGCUGCAGCAGAAAGGACUGAGAGGCAGAGAGAGCUCGGGCUGAGGAGACAAACAAUCCAGCAGAGAGUCCAGGACACAGAGAAAGACGUGAAGCUGCUUCAACAGGAUGAGGAGGCCAUCAAUGGCUCUGCUGAUAAAGCAGUGAAGGACAGUGAGGAGAUCUUCACUGAGAUGAUCCGUCUGCUGGAGAAAAGAAGCUCUGAUGUGAAGCAGCAGAUCAGAUCCCAGCAGCAAACUGAAGUGAGUCGAGUCAGAGAGCUUCAGGAGAGACUGGAGCAGGAGAUCACUGAGCUGAAGAGGAAAGACCAUGAACUGAAGCAGCUCUCAGACACAGAGGACCAUAACCAGUUUCUACACAACUACCCCUCACCGUCACCACUAAGUGGAUCUACACACUCAUCCAACUUCAGGAUCCGUCCUCUGAGGUACUUUGAGGACGUGACAGCAGCUGUGUCAAAGGUCAGAGGUCGACUACAGGACAUUCUGAGUGAGACAGAGACAAAGAUUUUACAGAUUGUGUCUCAAGUGGAUGUUUUACUGCCACAACCAGAACCAGAGACCAGAGCUGACUUCUUAAAAUAUCCACAGGAAAUCACACUGGAUCCAAACACAGCAUACAGAUAUCUGUUAUUAUCUGAGAGAAACAGAAAAGUAACAUGUAUGUUUGAAGAACAGUCUUAUUCUAAUCACCGAGACAGAUUCACUCAUAAGCCUCAGGUCCUGAGUAGAGAGAGUCUGACUGGACGUUGUUACUGGGAGGUGGAGGUGGGAGGAGGAGUUCAUGUAGCAGUCACAUACAAGAAUAUCAGCAGAGCAGGACCCUCACAUGAAUGUGGAUUUGGCAACAAUGAUACAUCUUGGUCAUUAUCUUGUGGUGGAAACAGAUGUGACUUUCAUUACAACAGCAUCGUGACUCCAGUGUCAGGUCCUGUGUCCUCCAGAGUAGGAGUGUACCUGGAUCACAGUGCAGGUGUUCUGUCCUUCUACAGCGUCUCUGACACCAUGACUCUCCUCCACAGAGUCCAGACCACAUUCACUCAGCCUCUCUAUGCUGGAGUUAGGGUUUGUCAUUAUGGAUCCACAGCUGAGUUGUGUAAACUCAAAUAGAAUUGAGUCAUUAAAAGCAGUGAUUUAGAUUCUGUGUGUAAAUCUUUAACUUCUUUUGUCUCCAUGUUUGUUGAUCAAAGUUCGUUGUGGUGACGUUUCUGCUCCGCACAGAGAUCAGCUGUCAAUCAUUCCUGACAGGCGGCUCUAUGAAGUCCUCUCAUUGGUCGUUGUGUUGAUGUUUAAGUUUGUUGAGCUGGACCCACUUUGCAUCUCACUGCUCGUUGCUUCAAUUUGCAGAAGCUUGGGUGAAGCUUUCACAUUUCUCCUUGCAGAACAAGUGCAAUCUGAAAACUGUUGCACCACCACAAGAGGCAGCCUUUGUUUUGUGGACCACACCCUGUGGUAUGUGUUGCGACAACAACUUCCAUCAGUCAGGCUGAACUCUGUGACAGCCUGGCUCUAUAAAACAUUCUAACAUCUCUCUUUACUUUCAGCCGCGCUGCAGAGGUUAUCCAAAUGAAUCCUUUUCAACAUGUGGCAUGAAAUUCCAAACUUAAUUUUCUUGUUUUUUUCAGAAUGAUGUGUGUGCAUGUCCCGUACACUUGCUCAUGUGAAAACAUCUAGAGUGUGUUUUUUGGGAUAUCUUUUUCAUGCUGUUUUUUAAAAUUACUGCAUUGUUUCAGUUUUCCAUCUUUUUUUUUUUUCACUACCUCCUGAGCUGAAAAGGUAAAAAAUGAAACUGCACUUUUAAUAAAGAAAAUCAUUUGCAUCUUUAAA